GCACAGCAAGAUAACCAGCAGAAACCCUUGAACUGUCGGCUGCUACGAAUGCACCGGCUUUUUCCGACAAAAUUACGAGAAAUCUGGCUGACUGGCUCGUCGUUCAACAAGUUGUAGAGGCGGUGAAAUUUCGAUCGCAAAUCCAGAGGUGAACGUUUCCUGAUAAUGGCCGGAACAUUGACGAAACUGUGCAGGAGCUCCGGUCAGCUGUUGAGGGCGGAGACACAGCGACGGACUUACUCCAGCGGGAAGAGGCUGGUGGUCAAGAACCCAGUGGUGGAAAUGGACGGCGACGAAAUGACCAGGAUCAUCUGGGAGAAAAUCAAGGAGUCCCUCAUUCUCCCCUACUUGAAACUCGAGUGCCUCUACUACGACCUCGGGUUGCCCUACAGGGACCAGACAAACGACCAAGUGACCAUCGACGCGGCCCAUGCCAUCCUCAAGCACAAUGUGGGAAUCAAAUGCGCCACCAUCACACCGGAUGAGGCCCGAGUCAAAGAAUUCAGCUUGAAGAAGAUGUGGCUGUCGCCUAACGGCACCAUAAGGAACAUCCUAGGCGGCACGGUGUUUAGGGAGCCGAUUCUGUGCAAGAACAUCCCCAGGCUGGUUCCCGGAUGGACGCAACCGAUCUGCAUUGGGCGUCACGCCCAUGGCGACCAGUACAAGGCCCAGGAUCUCAUCAUAGACAAGCCUGGAAAAGUGGAGAUGGUCUACACUCCGGACAGUGGGGAGAAGGUCACAGUGGAGUUGUACCGCUACAAAGGGCCGGGAGUGGCCUUGGCAAUGUACAACACCGAUGAGAGCAUCCGGGGGUUUGCUGAAAGCUCCCUACAAAUUGCGCUGGCCAAGGGCUGGCCCUUGUAUUUGAGCACGAAAAACACCAUUCUGAAGAAGUACGACGGGAGGUUUAAGGACAUAUUCCAGGAAAUCUACGAGGCGAAAUACAAGUCGCAAUUUGAGGCCAAGAAAAUUUGGUAUGAGCAUCGGCUUAUCGACGACCAGGUGGCGCAGGCCCUCAAGUCCUCAGGCGGGUUUGUUUGGGCGUGUAAAAACUACGACGGCGACGUCCAGUCGGACAUAGUGGCUCAGGGAUACGGUUCCCUAGGGAUGAUGUCCUCAGUGCUGAUGUGUCCCGAUGGGAAAACCAUCGAGUCCGAAGCAGCCCAUGGAACAGUCACUCGCCAUUACAGGCAGCACCAGCUAGGGAAGCCCACGUCCACCAAUCCGAUUGCGUCGAUCUUCGCGUGGACCAGGGGAAUCGAGCACAGAGGCAAACUGGAUGGCACUCCAGAUGUGAUCAAGUUUGCCCAAAAUCUGGAAAAGGCCUGCGUAAACACGGUGGAGUCGGGCAAGUAUACGAAGGAUUUAGCAGCGUCCAUAGCAGGCGGAUUCGAUAAGGUCAAGGACGACAUGUACCUCAAUACUCAAGACUUUCUGGAUGCCAUUGCUGAGGAACUGAAGCGGACAGUUUAGAGUGCACUGUUAGUGGAGUCUGAAGGAGAGAAAGCCAAGAAAGAUGCUAACUAAUGGAUCAUUGAGUGAUGGAGUUUUCUUACAGUUCUUUUAAUGUUGGAUAAUAAAACGCUAUUUUUCUAGA